CUGAAAUUAUAUAUACUACCUAAGGUAAUUGAGUAUACCGUUGCUCUUCUUCGAUACUCUCGUACAUCUACCACAACUUGCUUGAGAGGUUAUUGUACUAAGGUAUGAAGGUAACUCUAGCUUGGAGCAUGUCGAUGGCCUUCACAUGUCCAAGAGUUGGCUCACUAUGACGACCUUUAGUUGUGGGUGCGCCUUGGAACUUUUCAAUGAAAGAAUGAUUUAUGAAGAGGCUCAAUGUCAAUGGUCUUCAGUCAUCAAUUUCGAUAUUAACACUCGAUACUUUUUGUCUAAAUCGUAGAUUGUAACCUCCUGUAACAUUUUCUCAUGGCCAUGAGUAAGGUAGAGAGAGGUAGGUAGGGAUGGGUGCUGUCAAGUUAGCGUCACUGUGGGGUCGUUUAUAGCUGGAGCUUUCGUCACCACCGCCCACAGCUCAUGGCUCAUAGCUACCUACCUACCUAGCUCUUACUUGUAUGGUCACUCCACACUACCUAUUCUUGCCUUGAGGUAUCACAGCUACAGCCCAUCACCACCUAGCUAUAGCUCUCCACUCACUCAUUCAGUUACUGAGACAUCUCAGUUUGCUCCUCUUGUCUAAUUGAACACUCAUUCUCAACUCUUCCAGCUCAAACUCCCUGACCUCAUACACGCCCAUCAUGGGCCUCCUCUCCUGUAUAGGCCUUCGUCGCCGGAAUCAAUGGGAGCCCAUGACUCUCCUCGACAAUCUCAUCUCAUCACCUUUAACAUAUCUUGCUUUCCUCUUCUACCACGCUGUGCUCCUCCUCCGCGGUCGACCCUUUCACCCACCGCGUGACAAGCCCGCCAUUCGCGUCGUCUGCAUCUCUGAUACACACGAUCUCAAAGUCGACAUUCCUAACGGUGACAUUCUCAUUCAUGCAGGAGAUCUUACAGAUUCCGGCACCGUAGAAGAUAUUCAGAAACAGCUUGACUGGCUUCGGGAACAGCCUCAUCCUGUCAAGGUCGUCGUUGCAGGUAACCACGACAGUUGGUUCGACACCAAGAGUCGACUUGAGGAAGAUGCGCGCUCGGGUGCUAAGCCUAACGUGGAGGGCCUUCAUUAUCUUGAGAGCGGCUUGACUGUGCAAAAGAUAAAGGGUCGAACCGUCAAUAUCUUUGGUGUUCCUGAUAUUCCAAACAUUGGUCCCAAGGAGUUUGCCUUCCAAUACACUCAAGAUAAACACCCUUGGUUGAGCAAGGUACCUCCGCAAACCGACAUUCUUAUCACCCAUUGCCCUCCGAAACAUCAUCUUGAUCUUGGUCUCGGGGACAGCAAUCUCCUCCGUGAAGUUUGGCGCGUAAAGCCUCGUCUCCAUGUCUUCGGCCACGUUCACUUUGGCUACGGUACAGAAUCAGCCUUUUUCGACACCUUCCAGGAGACUUACGAACGUAUCAUGUCACGGCCUCGCCGCGGUCUGAUCCGAGACUUCAUCCCUAACGAGGCGUGGCUGGAUUAUCUGCGUCUUGUAGCCCAAGGCCUCCAUAGCGUGGCUUGGAAGUGGCUCAUGUCAGGUCCUGGAAGUAACAAUGGUAGUCUCAUGGUAAAUGCUGCGCAGAUGAAUGGCAACUCGGGCAAAGUCAAGAGUAGGGCAGUUGUUGUUGAAAUUUGAAAGACCAAGCAAACAAGUUUAAGUAUAUAUAAGGUAUGUUUUCACCUCAGAAUCACCUAUAGCCCCCGGGAACUGAGUGGAAAUAUUUGAAAUAUCAUCUUAUUGGUAUUAUCGUGCAUUAA